GAGCGUAAUCUUUUUCUUUGCCUUCUCGGGAAAUUCCAUUUGAGCCGCACACAUCGGAAGCAGAUGUAAAAACGCAAAUCGGAACUCUCCACCGGCGUCGGAUUCCAGCGGUAGUUCUCUUGAGUAUCGGUUUAGCAGUACUCUCAUUAUUAGCUCGAGGUGAUUUGUGUGCUGCGAGUCAUGCAGACGGUUUUAUGACAGUGUUAGUGAGAACUGAGAAUACGAGGCGAUAUUCAUUCACUUUUUAAUAAAGCGACCGACCGAACGACCGACGUUCGACGACCCACGGUACUGCUGUUUGACUGCAUCUUCAUUUUACAAUGGCAGAUAUCGGGACUGCAGCUGCAGCUGUAGCGGGUGCAGUUGGUAGCUCAGUCGUUUUCCAUCCUCUCGAUACAAUUCUCACACUCCAGCAAACCUCCGUGAGCAACAAAUACAUCAUCCCGUUCCCACAGUACUGGCGCGGCGUAACCGUUUCGGCGUUACUAACGACUCCCGCGUUCACCGUCUACCUCCUCUCGUACCGCCAGGCUAAGAAGGAACUCUCCUCGCAGUAUGGAAGUGACUCGGCAAUCACAUACGGCCUAAGCGGGAUAUUUGCAGAGUUGACGAGUAGCGUACUCUGGACCCCCAUGGAAGUCAUCAAGGGCCGAAUGCAGCUCAUUUCAAGUCCCGGAAUGGUCUCGACCACGAAAACUAUUGCACAGAUUUACAAAGAAGAGAAGAUUAGAGGGUUUUUCCGCGGUUACUGGAUGAGCUUGGCGAUGUACACUCCGGCCACGAUUUGCUAUUGGUAUACCUAUGAAAACCUCAAAACAUACAUGCGACAAAGACAGAAACGAAAAGCUGCACUAGCAUCAUCCUCUUCCUCCCCACCACCAACCCAAGACCUUUCCGCCCUCCAAUACGCGCUCGCGUCCUCCGUCGCCACAAUUGCAGGCGAAACAAUCACAAAUUUCCUUGACGUGGUCAAGACGCGCCAGCAACUCGCCUGCUCGGCCGAGGUGCGCGCGCUGCGCCCGGAUGACUCUGCGAGCGUCGCGCGCGUGGCGAGGAAUUUGAUUAGAGAGGUGGGUGUGUUUAGAGCGCUGUUUAAGGGGCUUCAUGUUCGGCUUUUGUAUGCGCUGCCGACGGGGGUGUUGAGUAUGGUUAUUGUUGAGUCGAUCAAGCCUGAUAUCGAUACAGACGAGUACGGAUUAUGAUUGUACAAAGAGAGACACACCAAGCGGUGUAGACGUUUGGUGAAAAGUUAUAUUUAGUGUUGUCACGAUAAACGUGAGU